AAGGGGCUGGGGCACAGGUAACGCACGCGCACACACCGGGCGCGUUUGAAGAAGCGCCAGGAAUUUUGUCGUGGCCGUGGAGGGCGCGGAGUCCGGGAGGGUCCCUAGCUGUCGGGUCUGCUCAGGCUCCCUCUGCCUGUGGCGCGGGGAAUAGGUUGGGAGGCGGGGAACCCAAGGGGAAGACUCCAUCGGCCUGGGUAGUGCAGGUGUGCGAAGUGGUCCGUGAUGGAGUGAGAUGUGGAGCUUGCAAGGGGCGGGGGGCUGACCCGCAAAGAGGAAAGGGGACCUGGGGGUGAGGAACCGGAGGGGGGUGAGUCCGAGACCCCGUUAGACCCGGAAGGUUAAGAGAGGCUGCACUCCAGGGCUGUGGGACCCGGCCUGCGCCGGACUGAUGGAGAGGGGGUGAGUGUCAGGGUGCGUCCUGUGUCCCAGCCGUUCUCUGAUGGGGUGCGCGGGGCCGGGUGCAAGAUGAGCCAGGUAUCCCAUCUUUGUUUGAUACACGGAAGACUGAGCCCUACUCAGCAUGGGACCUGCUUGACCCGUGAAGUAGCAGAGCUUCUCAGAUUUCUGGGGUUUCCUGGGGAAUAGUGUCCCUUCCCCCUUCCAGUGUCUGACGGUGGGCAAAUCAGGUAGAAUUAGGAGGCCACAGUUUUGACAAGAAUCAUCCUGAUCUGGAGGCCGCUGCUGCACCACCUUUGCCCUCCCAACCACACACCCUGCACAGUCCACACAAGCCCCUGCUUUAUGCCACCCCCACACCUGUGCCCUGCAAGCCAUAUCAAGAGUCCAAGAACUAGGCCGCAAGAGGUUCCUCCCUACCUGCUGUGGGGGUUGGCAGAGACCAUGUAUUCUUCUCUUAUACGGCACUUGUCAGGCUGAUGCCCAACUUACUCUCAAUCCUCUGUGACUCUGCAUACCCUCAAUUGCUUAGCCCAGGACCCAGGUCAUGCCACCCCACCCGUGAGAAGACCUCUGUAUACCCUAGUUAAUAUAACCCAAUUCCAAGCCAACAGACUUGGGUCUCCACAGGGCCUUGGAUGCUCCAAGGAGGGGGGAUGUGGCAAAGGAAGAUCAAAAAGCUGCUUGGGGAGGAAUCACAGCCGGCCAGGAAGGGGAGUGGAUGGCGGCGGCAGAGGCAGUGCACCACAUACACCUGCAGAACUUCUCCCGCUCGCUACUUGAGACACUCAACGGGCAGCGGCUGGGCGGUCACUUCUGUGACGUAACAGUGAGGAUCCGCGAGGCUUCGCUGCGUGCACACCGCUGUGUGUUGGCUGCUGGCUCGCCCUUCUUCCAGGACAAGCUGCUUCUCGGCCACUCCGAGAUCCGCGUGCCACCGGUGGUGCCGGCGCAGACUGUGCGCCAGCUCGUCGAGUUCCUCUAUAGCGGCUCGCUCGUGGUGGCACAGGGCGAAGCCCUGCAGGUGCUCACGGCGGCGUCAGUGCUGCGCAUCCAGACGGUCAUAGACGAAUGCACGCAGAUCAUUGCCCGCGCCCGCGCCCCGGUCCCAGGCGCACCCGCGCCCCUCCCCACACCCGUGCCCCCACCUCUUGCACCUGCGCAGCUACGCCACCGUCUGCGCCACUUGCUUGCGGCGCGCCCUCCGGGCCACCCAGGCGCGGCGCAUAGCCGCAAGCAGCGCCAGCCAGCGCGCCUGCAGCUGCCCGCGCCCACCGCGCCCACCAAGGCCGAGGGGUCAGAGGACCCCGCCCUGCCAGCGGCCCCAGACGACGGCGGCGGCGGCGACUGCGACGAGGAGACCGACGAUGAAACCGACGGUGAGGACGGUGAAGGCGGCGGCCCGGGAGAGGGCCAGGCGCCCCCUUCCUUCCCUGACUGCGCCGCCGGCUUCCUCACCUCUGCCCCUGACAGCGCCUGCGAGGAGCCGCCCGCACCCACCGGCCUCUCGGACUACGGCGGCGCCGGGAGGGACUUCCUUAGGGGGGCCUCGGCGGCCGAGGACGUGUUCCCGGAGAGUUACGUGUCCGCUUGGCAAGAUGAGGAUGGCACUGCCGCGGAAGCCUGCCCCCCCGAUACCCCGGCUCCGCCUGACUGCGUCCUGUCCGGAUCCCGCGUCCCCAGCGUGAAGACCCCGGGCCCCCCAGUCUCGAUUUUCCCUUUUCAUCUGGGCGCUCCUGGGCCGCCUGCGCAGCCUUCUCCCGCACCCUCCGGGCCGGCUCCUGCACUCUCCUCCGCCUUCUACCCAGCGCUCCAGCCAGAUGCGGCCCCAAGUGCGCCUCUGGGGGAGGCACCGGCCCCACCGCCUGCUGCUCCUGCUGCGGCCCCCUCGGCCACCCCUGCCCGAGCCCCAGGUGCUGCCGAGUCACCUGCCUAUGAAUGCAGUCACUGCCGCAAGACGUUCAGCUCACGGAAAAACUACACCAAGCACAUGUUCAUCCACUCCGGGGAGAAGCCCCACCAGUGCGCCGUGUGCUGGCGAUCUUUCUCGCUGCGCGACUACCUGCUGAAGCACAUGGUCACGCACACAGGCGUGCGUGCCUUCCAGUGCGCGGUCUGCGCCAAGCGCUUCACGCAGAAGAGCUCGCUCAACGUGCACAUGCGCACGCACCGGCCGGAGCGCGCGCCCUGCCCCGCCUGCGGCAAGGUCUUCUCCCACCGCGCACUGCUCGAGCGCCACCUGGCCGCGCACCCGGCGCCCUGAUCCGGUUCCAGGCCGCCCUUGGCCGGGAUGGGGACCUCCGUUGGAACUAGGCCACAGCCGCUGCGGGACCGGUUCAUACCUGCCUAGAUGCCUGGACCACGCUCCCACCGUCAAACCGUCAAACCGCACUUUCCCCAGAGCACAGGCCUUCCCUCUCCUUCCACCCUUCUCCCCAGACCUGACGGGGGUCCAGCCUGCCUGGGGAGGAGAGGUCCUCCCUCCUCCUUAGACCCUUCUGAUGGUGGCGGGCUGGGGUUGGUCAGGGACCGGCCAUCCCUGAGAACUGAAUCACCUCUGGCCUAAACUCGAACUGGCUGCCCAGACCCUUGGGCCAGGCCCAAGGUUUGUGGCUUGAUUGGGGUGGAUUCUGGAGUUGCUCCUCUGUCCCAGUGUAAAGCUGGGCAUGAUCCUGAACUACCCCUCCCUCAGUAUAGCGUCUAGGGGGCUCAGGUGGACCCAUUGUGGACUGGGACAGGGCCUCAGGACCCCCGCUCUCUAAUAAAGUACUGUGGGCUAUGGGUUCCAAACUCGGAA